GGCAUAAUGCGCUACAACUAUUAGGUGUGCGAGGCUUCCUCCAAUUGUACAAGAAUAAUGAUGUGCCCUAUAAGCACCUAUCUAGAUUGAUACUUCCCUUAUAUUCUUUAUAUGGCUAUAAAUAUCAAACUCUUCCAUCUUUAACGCGAACAACUGUGCAGAGCUAAAAAUAAAUCAGAGUUGCAGAUCAUACAAGGAUGAAGGCCUCAAUGGUGGCAGUGCUUGUUAUGAUGGAGAUGCUGAUAAUGUCAGUGAUUGUUUAUGCUGAUGAUGCAAGUUCUCAUGUAGUUAUGGAUGAAGAAAUCACAGUUGUUGCAAACUCUCAUGGAAAAAAUGAAGGAAGUGUGUCUAAAGAUGGGAUAGCUCCUGGAAGGAAGCUCAUAUCAGAGGCAACAAAUACUGAUUCAUCAACUGCUGGUGUCUCCAGUACUUCAUCAGAUGCUGGUAAUGCCGGUACUUCCUCAGCUGGUGCCUCUGGUACUUCAUCAGCUGGGGCUGGCGGUACUGGUAUUGAUUCAAACUAUUACGUGACUAUCAAAGGGUACAAGGACUACAUGAAGAAGUUUGGCCAUAAUCCCUGAGUAAGUUUGUGUGGCACAUGUAUACAUGCAUGUAAACCUUGGUACCCAAAUGUAUAAACGGAAUGCUUAGUUCCGUGCAUUCGGCAUAGGAAAGUCCAACUGAGGUACUAGGUUAUUAGUUGUUACUGGUCCAAGUUCUCCCACCUAAAUAAUCUCCAUCGGCCUGCCGGCAUUAUGUAAUAAUGCAUGUGUUGUAAUGGUAUUAUGUGUGCUUGAAUGUUUGUAAUGGUAUUAUGUGUGGUUGAAUUUUAUGUAUGCCUAAAUUAUGUGUUCAUGGUGAAGUUGAAUACUAAUA